CUUACUUCUGGGACACCUUGUAUAUCCAUAGUUUUAUUGUUGUUCGAAAGAUAUUUACACUCCCUUUAUAUACCCUUAGUAUGGAAACUUCUAGAACUUUCUUGACUGUUCUACGAAGUUACGAAAAAAAAUGACAAAAUUUCUUACCAACCCAAUACUUUCCCUUUUUGUUCUUUUACAAACACAGUAAAUCUCAUGCGUAUGACAUUGAAACUUAUGAACAUGGAUCCCAAUUAAAUACAAACACGUUCGAUAAACACCAUUGGACUUAUGAAAAUCAUUUUAAAAAUGUUCGAAAAAUGAUAUGGAAUUGCAUAAAGAAAGGUGAUGGAUUAUAUAUAAAGAUCACCAAUUAACAUAAUUUUAUUUUGAAAGAAUAAACACGAUAUAUCCUUAACCAAACAUAUGACAUAUUUUGGCAAGUUUUUUUUUGUUGUUUCCAAAACUAAAAGAAUAAAUCACGUGGAAUUCAGUUCGAUCACGACAACACAAUGAUAAAUGCGUUAGAACAAACUAUUGACAACUUUAGAAAAGACGAUUUCAAAAAUUAUUUCAAUAAUUGGUUUAUUCGAAUAUGCAAAUACAUUGAUGCUGAGGGACACUAAUAAUCUGACAAGCCUAAAAGAUAAUAAUAUAAUUUCUAAAAGACCAAGAUGCGCGGAUGAGAUUUAUUGAGUAUUUUACGGUGUGCUUAAAAAAUCCGAUAGCUGACUUCUUUGAAUCUCGUAUUUCUUUUAAUUAAUUAUAAAACAAUAAUAAAUACUCCGAAGAUUUCUUCUUUCAAUAGUGACAUUCGCAAGAAACUACUAAUUGUUGUAUUAUUGAAGAUGCACCAAGUACAAAUCAACAAAUAAUAAUUAAUAUAAACAAUCAACAUUCAAUUGAUCCAACAAUAAGAGACUCGAUUUCAUCAAAACGUCGAACAUCAGGAUUUGAUGGAGAAACUCAACGUGUAUUUGAAAGACAACAAAGACAAAAACGUUUAGCAAAUAUUCGAACAACAUUCACAUUAUAUAUUAUGACUGCAACUUUUAUUCUUAUGUAUUUACCAUCAAUUAUAAUUACAUUAUUUAAUAUAAAAUCAUAUGAAUUUCGUGAACGUAAUCCACUAAUCUAUUCAUUUUCUAAUGUUAAUUUUCGUAAUGAUAUUCAUAGUAUAUAUAAAUAUUACAAACAUGUAUAUUUAACUUGA